UGUGCGCAUCAACAUCGCUGCUUCAUGACCGCUCCCUUCGUUUUCCAAAUUAUAAACCUAUCAAAGAAACAUGGUCCUUUACUGGUACUGGACUUCCAUCCCACACUUUUGCCUUAAAUAUUCUGUUGUCAUUGUCUCUUUUCUCCAAAAGGAUUCAACCAUGCCCUUGUUAGAGAGUGACUGACACAAGAAGUAGAGUAUAACUCAGAAGUCAUGACUCAGAUACACCCUCCACAAGGUGGAAACCCAACUCACCAAGUUGCUCUCUUUUUAUAUCCUGAAGUAUUCUCUCACACCAUAAUUAAAUAAUGGGAAAGUGGUUACUGCUGAGCCAAGUGGCUUUUGUUCACUCCUUAUGUGUUGCACUCAGGCUUUUCUUAUAGGUGAUUUGUCUUACAGCUCUUCCUUCCAAAUGUUCUCUCUUUAAGGACAGUCAGCAGUGAGGGUUAUCAAUUAGUAUCACCAUGAAUCUGGUUUGGCAUGUGUCAAUUCUUGCUCUCUAUAUUGGAAUAUUCUCUGAAGGGGCUUCAAGACCUGAUGUAGUUAAUGUUGGAGCUCUCUUCACAUUUAGCACGAUCAAUGGGAAGGUAUCACGGAUUGCAAUUAAGGCUGCUGAGGAUGACAUAAAUUCUGAUCCAAGCAUUCUUGGUGGAACUAAAUUGUCUAUACUUAUGCAUGAUUCCAACUUUAGUGGAUUUCUUGGCAUCAUUGGGGCAUUAAAGUACAUGGAGACUGACACAGUAGCUUUAAUUGGUCCACAAAAUUCUGUGAUGGCCCAUGUACUCUCACAUCUUGCAAAUGAACUCCAUGUCCCUUUAUUGUCAUUCACAGCACUGGAUCCCACCCUAUCACCUCUGCAAUACCCUUACUUUGUACAAACAGCACCCAAUGAUGAAUUCCAGAUGACUGCUAUUGCUGAUAUGAUUAGUUAUUUUCGUUGGGGAGAGAUUGUUGCAGUUUAUAGCGAUGAUGAUCAGAGCCGAAAUGGUAUUACUGCUUUAGGUGAUAAACUUGCAGAAAGACGCUGCAAAAUUACUUAUAAAGCAGCACUUCCCCCUGACCCUACAGCAACACAAAGUGACGUUAAAGAUCAACUAGUAAAGGUUCAAAUGAUGGAAGCUCGAGUAAUUGUUUUACAUACCUACUCCAAAACAGGUCUCCUGGUUUUCGAGGAGGCCCAGAAUCUUGGAAUGAUGGAUCGUGGGUAUGUUUGGAUAGCUUCCACUUGGCUAUCUACUGUUCUAGAUUCAGUCUCACCACUUCCUUCAAAAACUGCACACUCUAUCCAAGGAGUUUUGACACUUCGUCCACACACACCAAAUUCAACAAGGAAAAGUGCUUUUAUGUCACGGUGGCAAAAGCUGAGUAAUAAUUCUAUUGGGUUCAACCCUUACGGUCUAUAUGCCUAUGAUACUGUUUGGAUGAUUGCUCGUGCAGUAGAUUUGUUGCUUGAUCAGCAAGGAACAAUUUCAUUCUCCAAUGAUUCUUAUUUAAAUCAUGAGGGGAAAGGGACUCUGAAUCUUAGAGCAUUAAGCAUUUUUGAUGGGGGGAAGCAGCUGCUUGACAACAUAUUGCAGACCAAUAUGACAGGUUUGACAGGACCUAUUCAAUUUAGUCCUGACAGAUCUCCAUUCCAUCCUUCAUAUGAUAUCCUUAACGUGAUUGAAACUGGUCAUAGGCAGAUUGGAUACUGGUCUAAUUAUUCUGGACUAUCUGUUGUGACCCCGGAGACACUUUAUACAAGACCACCAAACCGUUCUAGUUCGAGUCAGCAAUUAGACGGUGUGGUAUGGCCUGGAGGAACUACAAAGAAGCCUCGUGGAUGGGUUUUUGCAAACAAUGGAAGGCAAUUGAGAAUUGGAGUUCCAAACCGAGUUAGUUAUCAGGACUUUGUCUCACGAUCACGAGUAAAUGGUACUGAUACAGUCCAAGGAUAUUGCAUAGAUGUCUUCCUUGCUGCCAUUAAGUUGCUUCCUUAUGCAGUUCCACAUAGGUUCAUUCUCUUUGGAGAUGGUCAUAAGAAUCCAAGCUACUCUGAGCUUGUAAAUAUGAUCACAACAAACGUUUUUGAUGCUGUUGUAGGUGACAUUGCAAUUGUCACAAACAGAACAAAGAUAGUGGAUUUUACUCAGCCAUAUAUAGAGUCAGGACUAGUUGUGGUGGCCCCAGUCAGGAAGUCAAAUUCAAGUGCCUGGGCAUUCUUAAGACCAUUUACUCCAUUCAUGUGGGCUGUCACAGCAGCUUUUUUCCUUAUUAUUGGAAUUGUUGUGUGGAUUCUUGAACAUAGAAUAAAUGAUGAAUUCCGAGGACCUCCUAGGAAACAAGUAGCCACAAUACUAUGGUUUAGCUUCUCUACUAUGUUUUUUGCGCACAGUAAGUAUUUCCAUUUUGACAGUCUACAAUAUAUUACUUUACUGGAUCUUAAUAGUACCUUACCCAAUAGUGCCAACUCUGGAUUCUUCAAAUUUCCAGGAGAAAAUACAGUGAGCACACUUGGUCGUGUUGUGAUUAUCAUCUGGCUCUUUGUGGUUCUCAUAAUCAACUCAAGCUAUACAGCAAGCCUGACAUCAAUACUCACAGUGCAACAGCUUUCCUCCCCCAUCACAGGAAUUGAUUCCCUGGUGACUAGCAAUGAACGGAUAGGAUUCCAAGUAGGAUCUUUUGCUGAAAACUAUUUGAUGGAGGAACUCAACAUCCCAAAAUCUAGACUAGUUGCUCUUGGCUCACCAGAAGAAUAUGCUGUUGCCCUUGAGAACAGAACUGUUGCUGCUGUGGUUGAUGAACAGCCAUAUAUAGAGCUCUUCCUGUCAGAUCACUGCAAGUUUAAAAUUAGAGGCUCAGAGUUCACCAAAAGCGGAUGGGGAUUUGCAUUUCCAAGAGACUCCCCUUUAGCCUUGGACCUGUCUACCGCCAUACUCACCCUAUCAGAGAAUGGUGAACUCCAGAGGAUCCAUGAUAAGUGGUUGUCAAGGAAAUCUUGUGGUUCCCAGGCAACAACUAAUGAAUCAGAUCAGCUUCAAUUAGAAAGCUUCUUGGGGCUAUUUCUCAUCUGUGGGGCAGCAUGUUUUCUUGCUCUUCUUAUAUACCUUUGCUUGAUGUUAUGCCAGUUCAGCCGGCAUGGAAUUCCUGAAGAAUCCGAUCCUUCUAGAGGUGCCGGCUCACAUUCAGCACGUGUGCGGACAUUCCUAUCAUUUGCUGAUGAAAAGGAAGAUGUGUACAAAAGCAAGUCAAAAAGAAAACGUGAGGAAAUGCUAUCAAAUAGUCGAGUGAAAGAAGAUGAAUCUAAGAGAACUCAAAUGGACAGUUCUCAGCAGAGGGAUGACUGCGAGAUUUCAGUUCACUAACAAUUUUAAUUUGUCCUAAUUAUAUCACUAAUUUUCAAGCAAGAUAUAGGUACAACGGGUUAUGAAAUUCAAAUAGUUUUGCAUGUAGAGACCAUUUUGUUUGUUAUAGUAUAUACUUCAGCUUGUAUUGUUUUAAGUGUUUGAUGGUCUACACAAAUGUAUUUGGUUCAAAUAUUAAUACUCUCUCCUUUGUAAGCAUCAA